GCCCGAGGCUCGCAGGCGGACGUCACUCCCGCUCGGCGAGUGCUGAAGCACAAGCCGUACCUCUCUCGGCCCGGGCGUCCCCUCCGCCCGCCUCCUGCUUCCUCCCGGCUGCCCGCAGCCUCCUCCACCAUUGUAUAAUGUUCCCGACGCGCAGGCAGAGGACGCCGGAGUCAUAGCUCCGGCCUCGCCGAGUUCCCUGCUACCGUCGGCCCCGCGGCGGGGUGCCCCGCAUGGAGCGGGCAUAGCUUGAGGGGUGGGCGGAAACCCCUCCGAUGUGUUAGCUCCGGGCGGACCUGCCUGUGAUAUAUGUUGGGUAAAGGAGGAAAGCGGAAGUUUGACGAGCAUGAAGAUGGGCUGGAAGGCAAAGUCGUGUCCCCCUCCGAUGCUCCAUCCAGGGUGUCUUACACCUUACAGCGCCAGACUAUCUUCAACAUUUCCCUUAUGAAACUGUAUAACCACAGGCCUCUGACAGAGCCCAGCUUGCAGAAGACUGUCUUAAUUAACAACAUGUUGAGGCGGAUCCAGGAGGAACUCAAGCAGGAAGGCAGCCUGAGGCCUGCAUUCACCCCCACUUCCCAGCCCAGCGACUCACUGAGUGACAGCUACCGGGAGGCCCCACCUGCCUUCACCCCCCUGGCCUCGCCUCCUGCUCACCCCUGUGACCUAGGAAGCACUACACCCUUGGAGGCCUGCCUCACCCCUGCCUCGCUGCUCGAGGGCGACGAUGACACUUUUUGCACUUUGCAGGCUGUGCACCCUGCGGCUCCCACCAGACUCUCUUCUCCAGCUCUCUCAGCAGAGAAGGACAGCUUCUCCUCCGCCUUGGACGAGAUCGAGGAGCUCUGUCCCACAUCUACCUCCACAGAGGCUGUCGCAGCAGCAGCCCCUGAGGGCUCGAAAGGAACCUCCAGUGAGACCAGUGUCCAGAAACCCGAGGGGCCCCAGGAAGGCCGCACAGACGACUCAAGAUUCAUGGACUCUCUGCCUGGGAAUUUUGAAAUAACAACAUCCACGGGUUUCCUGACAGACUUGACCCUGGAUGACAUCUUGUUUGCUGACAUUGAUACAUCCAUGUAUGAUUUUGACCCCUGCACAUCUGCAUCAGGGACAGCCUCAAAGAUGGCCCCUGUGUCAGCUGAUGACCUCCUCAAGACCCUGGCUCCCUACAGCAAUCAGCCUGUUGCCCCAAGUCAGCCUUUCAAAAUGGAUCUCACAGAGCUGGACCACAUCAUGGAGGUACUUGUUGGCUCCUGAGAUCUGGGGCCCCUUGACUGCGCCCAGCCAGGCCCUGCACCCUUGUAGCCCCGACAGUUUCUCCGCACUGUGCAUGGACCCUUGCUUGCCUUUUUCAGAGAAAAAGAAAAUUUUACAAAAGGAUCACACUAGUAUUUUCUUCAAGCAGAGUUGGAGUGCCUUCAUUCGAGUAUGACCACUUUAACACACUCUUCUGAGUGGGUUCCUCAGAGACCUGCUGCCCUGGCGUAGGAGAGAAGACUUUGGAAGACUGUGUUGCUAAUGUUGAAAGGUGAACAUGAACGGUUCAAGUGAAGCACAAGGAUUAAGUUGGAAAAGCUGUAAAUUGCAUGUGCAUAUUUGUCUAUUUUUUCUAUAAGUUUUAUUGCAAGAGGUAAAAAAAAAGAAUAUAUAUCUAUAUUAUUUGGAUAAUCUCAGUACCUUCUCUGGCGUUUUGCCCUGUGUAAGUUGACUUGGCAACUCGGCCUUUUUAGAGGCAUUAACUACUCCUAAGUGUUGCAUUCACAUGGCUGUUUAGAAAACCGCUACCCAAAUUUAUUUUAUAUUUUUGUACAGAUUCUGCAGUUUAUGAUAUUGUUUUUCUAAAAACAAAUGCUGUUUAUACAUAUGAAAUAGCUAUUUUGAUAGGA